AUGGAUCAACCUGAGGAGAGUUCCAGGUUCACCACAGAGAAUUAUAUUGAUUUGAUGACAAGUCAUGGCAUCUCAUUUGAAGGACGUAUCCGACCGGACAAAUGGGGAGACUAUGCUGCAGUAUUCGACGAGAUACGGCGCAUUGGUCAGCUGAGACCCGAAGAAUUCGCCGACAAGUUCCUACUAGAGGACGAAUAUGCCGUCGACAAAGCAUACAAUGCUGCAAGAAUGAGCGAAGAAGCUUGGGGUUGUCUCGAAAACGGGGAUUCCGAUCGUAUUUGUCGGAAACGCCCUUGGAAGCCCAUGUUCGAGGCGAAGCCAGCCAACCCGGUUGAAGCCGAAAGACUUCAGAGAAGACGGCGAAAGAGACUCCUAUGCACAUGUACUCGCCUCGAGCUGGCCCAGACAAGAGUCCGCAGCAGCGACCAGUAUUCUCGGCUUUUCUCGCGCCAGUUCGAUAAAUCCGUUGACCACGAGGAUAUGACAAGUGAGGCGAAGAAACGGUUGAAAAGGAGACCAGAUAGGGUCAUCGGACUUCGGCCAACCGGUACAUUGAGACAACAUCUCCCGUCUUUGCAGACCAGAUACAGCCCAUUCAAGAGGCGCAAUGUCGUCUAUCCUUUCAUUGUGAUCGAAGCAAAGCCGGCCGAGAACCAUGGCGCCAGUUUUGCCAGCAUGCUACGCCAGACGGCUUUCGUCACAAGGACAUGUCUGCGCUUGCAGCAGAAUCUGCGACAAGAAACCGGGAUGCCACACCAGUGCUUGGUCUGGUCGUUCUUGAGUCUAGGGGAAGAGUGGCGUCUCUAUGCCGCUGUGCCGGAUGGGUUGGGCGUGCAAAUCUUUGACCUUUGGCACGGAACAGUUCUCUUCCCGGAGGGGGGUCUCCAACUCCUGCUGAUCAUCGAGCACCUCUGUGACUGGGCCUGUGAAGUCUAUCGGCCAAGUGUUCUUACGUGCCUGAGUGGUGGUAGAGACAAUCUUCUCAGAUCCAGACUCAGUCCCACUGGCACCGACAUCUCUUCGCAGCUUGGUGAUGCAGACCUCACACUGUCGCGCGCCGCGUCGCGAGCGAUCUCGCUUCCUUCGAGAUCAUCCGUCAUGCGGGAGCUCGCCGGCGGUACUACGACCGGACGAUUACCUAAGGACACAUCUGCAGAACCUCCAGAAAUCGAGCUCUUGCUUCAAGUCGACUCGGCCGGUUCACUGCGCGGACAGGAUUCUCAUCGUUGGCGGCGAUGGGCCACGAAAGCGCAAGACUCCAGCCUGCCCUGGACCGGCAAAGCAACCAUCCGGCACGCCAACCAGGUCGAGCUGAGCUUUGUGCAAGUCACGGUGCCCGCCAAAGCCGGUCUCCUCGAAAGGUGCUUAGCGUACUGCUUUCCAGAGCUCACGCCUAAAGGGGCUGCAAGAAAACUGCUGAUUUCCCUCCAGGACGACGAUCUGGCAGUGACGGCUCCCGCUCCUCAUCCUGUGAAAGCCGCCUUCCAGCAACGAACUCCUCAGUCGCGCAGGUCUACACUCGAGGUGCGAGCUUUGGUAUAUUUUCGCUCAGCAAUAAGCCCCGAGGACUGGCAAGUCACACGCCACGUGCUGGCCGUCCUGUGCGACCAGCAGGCGUUAAGGCUAUUGGCGGAAACUGCGGAAGAAGUCGAUCCCAAAAUCGACCGAGACAUGGGCAUGGGCAUGGGCAUGGGCAUGGACAGACGAGAUGCCAUCACCACGAGUGCGGACUGGGAGCGCUUCAAGCAAGCCAUCAAUUGGCCGAAAUACAUCGGGGGAACGACUUCGGCCGGACUGGCCCUUGGCCGCCGUCAACUGUGCCUGAGGUCGCUCCGUGACGACGACGGCUCGGUCCGGUUUGAGUGGACCAAGUUCUGUCCGCAACAAGAUGGGGGAGUGGCAGGAGAGGAUAUGUUACGGAUGAUUUCAUGGUCACAUGCCUCCUCUCAGAAACCGCCCCAAGUCGGAUUCGCUAAUGCUAUCCCACACCAGCAGCUGGCACCCUACCUCCAAACGGCGCGGUGCACCCUUACUGUUACUGUUCAGGCGAACACUGAUGCUCAAAGAUCAGCGACACCGGCAGCUCUGGCCGUCCCGAACCUUAGAACUUCUGGCGUCUUGAUCAAGAAACCUACCACCGGCUGGCCCGAGACGGUGCAGGAGUUCUGCUACUUGGUCACGGACGAGAAGGUCGGGUUCGACGACGUGGCGUUGCUGGGCCAGCUGCUGGAAGAAACCAGACGCCGAAAAGAAUUAUACUCCAUGGUUCGAAAGCACACCACCUACCACCAGAGAGAUCUGGCAUUCAUCGACCGGUGGAUCCGGGUCUUGAAGAACGAGUUGCCUCACGACACACCUUUUUCUCAAUUGACUUGA